AUGACAUAUCCACCAAUAGAUGAUGUACAAUUAUUAGUGCCUCAAGCAAUUCAUCUUCGUGAUCAUUUAUCACCUGAAGGUGGUGCUUACAUCAUUUCAGAGAAUGCAUUAAGAGUUGGUAAGCCUUUACCAGCACCAUAUCAAGUAUAUGAACAUAGUCGAAGUGAAAGUAUUGUUCCAGAUGGAUUUGUUCAUGUUACUAAAAAUGUUUUGGAAAGCCGUAGUGCUGCUGUUUUGAAUAAAGCUAUUUUAACUGCUGUAGGUGAAGUAAAGAAAAAUGUUUUACGUCGUUCUGAUAUACAACAAAAUUAUGAUGGUAGAAAACAAACACAUUCGGAACUAUCAAAAUUACGUGAACAGAAUCAUAAUUUUAGUAUAGUGGUUAAUCAAAAAAAAAUUUAUAAAAAUUCAGAUGAUUCAACGUCGCACCGAUUAAAAUAUAUGAGAGAUGUGUUGAAUGGAACUUUAAAAGAUUCCAGUCAAAACUUUGAUGUAAAUUAUAAUCAUAAUGGACCGGAAGAUCAUGAUCAUUGGGAAGUGGUUGAUGAUGGUGUUAGUGUGGUUAGUGUUGCUGGAACUGAAGACGAAACUGCAUUUGUUAGCAAAGAAUCUAAAUUUGUUCCUAGCAGUAGUAAUAGUAGCACUGUUAAUUCAAAUGUUGGCAGUAAAUCAAUGAUUAAUAAUAAUCAUAUUCAAACAAAAAGAUUACCAUCACCACCAUUGCCGCCAUUGCCGCCACCGUUAUCCAAUUCAAUUCAACAAAAACAAUCACCUGCAUCAGUUGUUAUUCCAAAAUCACGACUUAAACUAGAAGAUAUCCUAAAUGAUGUAGAUAAUGAUUCUCCAACCGGAUUCUCAAAAUCUUCCAUUGCAUCAAAUUCCAAAUACAGCUGGAUGAUUGAAGGUUGCAUUGAUGAAGAUGAUAAUUCUUUAAGUCCAUUUCCAUUGAUUGCAACAUCUACUACAACUUCAAAUUCAAUUAAUUCUGGAAAAGUUGACCCGUUAGGGGCAACAACACCUAACUCAUCAAAAGUUGAUGUCCAUGAAACAAGUGAAGCAAUAAACAACGCAAGAAAAUCUAAUUAUACUGCAUCUCCUGCCGCUCCUGUAGAUGAUCCUUUGGGAUUACCAUAA